CUUGGAUAUCAAUCGUCAUAUGACCUAUUCUGUCGAGUUUGCAAAGCUCGGGCCAUAUUAUUCUCCGCCAAAGUAGUUUCGUGGAGUGAGCGUGUGCAGAUAGUCCUUAGCUAUCACAUUGUUUUGGGACCUGUAAAUACUCCCAUAAAUUCAUCAAAAUGUCGUCUGGAAAUCCGGCUUACUCGCCGUUCUUUGGAGUUAUGGGAGCGGCUUCAGCUAUAAUCUUUAGCGCGCUGGGAGCGGCAUAUGGUACCGCCAAGUCAGGUACGGGUAUCGCAGCCAUGUCGGUGAUGCGGCCCGAGCUGAUCAUGAAGUCCAUCAUCCCCGUCGUCAUGGCGGGUAUUAUAGCCAUCUACGGGCUGGUCGUAGCUGUCCUGAUUGCGGGUGCCUUGGAUGAAUCAAAUUACUCCCUAUACAAAGGGUUCAUCCACCUGGGUGCGGGUCUCGCCGUAGGGUUCUCUGGUCUAGCGGCCGGUUUCGCCAUAGGCAUCGUGGGAGAUGCCGGUGUCCGCGGUACUGCACAACAGCCUAGACUAUUCGUCGGAAUGAUCCUUAUCCUCAUUUUCGCCGAAGUAUUAGGUCUUUACGGCCUCAUUGUCGCCAUCUACCUAUACACUAAGUAAAUGUACAUAGCACGCUCAUCUCCCGUCGCCAUUGCUCCGAGUUUCUAUGCCGUGCCGUCGGGAUCUGCUCACGAGUCGCGCACAGGGACGUCGUCGCCGGUAGCGAAAAAACCCGCAUAGGAGCUCGGAGCACCCUGUAUAGAACACACUUGUUGAGUACUUCAAAUGAUAUAUUUCUAUUUUCGCGUCAACUCCCGCGCGGCGCCGCCUCGAUGCUGCGGCCGCGUCGCGCCACGAGUCGUGAAAUAUACAAAUAUAUUUCUCUAUUUUAUAAACGAAUCAACUAUUCGAAACCCUUAUCACACGCUACCGCGCGAUGACACUUAACUUUUAAUUUAAUUUAUUGCAGUCUUAUUUCAUUUUUCGGUGACAGGGGGACUCAGCUUCACCUAUCGACAUAUCAACCUUAUUUGCGCGUUCCAAUCUCCGCGAAUACGUCAUACAAUCUGAUAUCACUUCUAGAUUAUUUUAGCGUUAAGGCGAAACUAAUUUACAGUUAGAGUAGGAAUUUAUGUCCAAGAGAAGUUAUCUUAACAUAAUUUAUGAACAGUUAAACCCCCAGGUACUGUGUACCAGUAUUUGAUUGCGAGAUAAGGUCAAACCUGGCUUAUGUAUUAUUGCUAAAUAGCUUUCAGUGUUAUAGUGGACGAAUGUAUCCUAAACUGUUUGACCCACGAAUGUUAAUCGUUUCUCAAGUGGCUAAACAGCGGUCACAAAUAUUGUAUUGCCAGGAAUCAAUGAAUAAACAUGAUUUGUACAUUCCAUA